UAUCUCACUCAUAUGUAGACACCAUAUCAACAUUUCAACGUCACAUGUAAUAAUACAGACCCACCCCACCAUUACUCUACUUUGCCUAUAUAUGUUCCUUCCACAACCUCAGAGAAAAGGGUCGCAUAGUAUUCUUUCAGAUAUGGCUAGAAUUCCGGUGAGGUUUCAGAGAGUGGCAGCGGCGUUUGACGCUGACGUGGCACGUGUGAGGCUCUGCGAGAGUAGCGGCAGCGAGCACUCGCCGGAGACUUUAACCGAUUUGUCUUAUCUCGUCAAGUCCUUCAUGGAGAAGAACGAGAUUACCCCAGAAAAAGAAGAAGAACAACAAGUGGGUGGUGUUGAGUGCGAGGAAGAUCAUGAUGAAGAAAAAGAAGAAAAAUCUGAUUCGGAGAAGAGGGAAAUGUUGCGGAGUUUGUUUUAUGGGAAUGAAGGUGAUAAUGAUGAAAGGGAGGCCAAAGAAACAAUUAGGAGGGAGGUUGAAGAUGCAUGUCGUGUUGUUGGCAACAAUUCCAAACGCCGCUUGAUGUCACGCUUGAGGGAAAAAGGUUUUGAUGCUGGACUGUGCAAAUCCAAGUGGAAGAAAAACGGUAGAUUAACAGGUGGUGAUUAUGAGUACAUUGAUAUGAAUUUGAAGGGAAAACGGUACAUAGUUGAAGUUGGCCUUGCUGGCGAGUUUGAAAUAGCUCGUCCCACAAAUCAAUAUACUUCGUUGCUAGAUGUUUUCCCAUUGAUAUAUGUGGGCAAAGUGGAAGAGCUGAAGGAGGUUGCGGUGCUGAUGUGCGCUGCUAUUAAGAGCUCAAUGAAAAGAAUGAACCUGCAGGUACCACCAUGGAGGAGAAAUGUAUACAUGCAAGCAAAGUGGUUUGGUGCUUACAAGAGAACUACUAAUGCAGAUGCAACUAAAAGUGCUUCUGAGUCCUUAUUUCCUAAGAGGUCCAUUGGAUUUGAAGUGCUACCUGUGAAAACACACAAUUGCAGGGAUGUUUAUGUAACUAAGACUGGCUUCAGAAUUGGUCAUUUGACAACAGCUUUUAAUUCUGAUAGUCUUGGUGUGUGAUUGAAGUCAUAUGCAUUCUAUUUGUAUACAAGUGUUUUUGAUUGAGUCAAGUGUCUUGGCCAAGAGAGCACAAAAAGUCGUUGAGAAAAAAUUUCUCUUAUGCACAGCUCUGGCAUAUUUUUGUCUUAUAGGUUAGAUCAUAGAUGUAGUAAACUAGUAAGCAAGGUUCUAUGCUACUUGCUAGCAUUUCUUUUAUUUAUUUGGGAAGAUAAUGUUGAAGAGAAAGAAAAAAACACAUUGUACAGUUAAGAUAAAGAUAAAGAAUUGGUUUGUUGGCAAAUGGCAAAUGAUCUACGGUGUCUUCAAAUUAAA